AUGUCAGAAUCAGCUGACAUUUGGGAAGAUUUUUUAAAACUUCCUUUAGAACCUCCUUCCAAACGAGAAAUAUGUUUACCAAAAGAACCCAUCAAACCAAAAGGUCGUGUUAUUCUUUUACAACAUCCAGCAGAAGAAAAAAGAUGUUUAAAAACAGCUCCAAUGUUAUCAUUGGCAUUGCAUCCUGAUCAUUGUCUUAUUUUUAGAGGGAAAACUUUUCCUAAAAGCAAACAUGAAAAUUUAUCAAAUCUUUUAAAUCAUCCGAAAACACUUUUACUUUAUCCGACAAUUAAUUCGAUUGAUAUUGAAUCUAUAAAACCCAUGAGAGAAGAUAAUGAAGAGCCUUAUAAUUUAGUUUUAAUCGAUGGCACUUGGCCUCAAGCAAAAGCAAUGUUUAACAACAGUCCUAUUUUACAUAAAUUAAAACAAGUUAAAUUAAGAGUUGGUGGUAAUAGCGAAUAUGUAAUUAGAACACAACCCACAGAGGGAUGUUUAUCGACUUUAGAAACAGCUGCAAGAGCUCUCAGUAUUUUAGAAAAUAAUCAAGAAAUACAAAAUAAAUUAUUACAACCACUCUAUGUUUUGUGUAAUUAUCAAUUAUCUCAUGGUGCUGUCAUUCAUCAAAGCAAAGAAUUUUUAAUUAAAAAUAAUAAAUAUCCGAAACAAGUUGGUCAAAGACUUAACAAACUCCUUAAGAGAGCUGAUAACCAACGACAAAAAAGUGAAACUCUCGUACAACAAUUUUAA